AUGGAUCGAAGAGAUGCAAUGGGUUUAACCGGGUCGGGUUCUUACUAUAUCCAGAGAGGAUUAUCCGGGUCGGGUCCUCCAACGUUUCACGGAUCACCACAGCAGCCACAAGGGAUUCGUCACUUACCUAAUCCAAACUCUCCAUUCGGGUCAGGCUCCACCGGAUUCGGAUCUCCUCCUUCACACGGCGAUCCUUCUCCAGCAGCAGCAGCAACCGGAGCUGUUCCUCAUCACAUCGGCGUUAAUAUGAUUGCUCCUCCUCCUCCUCCGAGCGAAACUCCGUUGAAACGUAAGAGAGGCCGACCUAGAAAAUACGGACAAGACGGUUCUGUUUCUUUGGCAUUGUCGUCUUCCUCUGUUUCGACCAUUACUCCGAACAGCUCUAACAAACGUGGCCGUGGUCGACCUCCGGGCUCCGGCAAGAAGCAGAAAUUGGCUUCCAUUGGUAAACAAACUAUCUUUGAAACUUGUGGACCUUGA